UUUUUGAACUUUCUGAAAAUAAUAAAAGGCAAACGAUUAAGCUCCGUAUACACUCAAAAACUCCUAAUAAAUAGCUUUAAUAAUUUUGAAAUUAGGAAAUUAAAUGAUGUGAAUUUUUCAACAUUUUGUAACUGAUAUGUCGUCACAUCAAUAGCACAGAUACAAUAAAAGAUCACCGAUUGAAAUCACUGACCCGUGACAAAACGUCAAAACAUAACAUUGGUAUUUUUCUGCGCAUGCUUAAAAAGAAAACAACUUAAUAUGGCCAAAAUGAUCACUGCAAACACAACAUGUGUUUAGGGUUUGUGUUAUUAAAUUUAGAAAACAAACAUUGUCCUUAAGGUCUGUUAGAUUAACCAAAUUAAAAUGAAAGAUCCACUCCUAAAGUACAUGUACUAUCAAUGUACUUCUAUUUUGUAUUAAAGUAAAGAUGUACAAUUACCAAGAAUCACUUCUUGCAUAAACCUAUAGACAAUUGUGAAGAUAUUGAUAUAAAUAUUUAUUGAUAUGCAUGACACAAUAACAGAUUGUGAGCAUUAUAAGGAAGAUGAACAGGAUGUUUUGAAGAAACUGAUUUCGUUCCUUUGUUGUUGUAUGCAUGAUCUGAUAUACGGAUUACCGAGGAGACAUGAGUAAGAGAAAACUGCAGAACCAUAGAAGAAAUAGGAACGCUCAGUAUUAUGCCGAAGAACUUGUAAAUAUCCUUGAAGUAUUAGAAAAAAGACAACGCCGUGAGAAUACUUUGUCAUCUGAUCAAAAAGACACCAAUGAAUGGGAGAAUGAUGGAAAUGGACAUCAUACAAAAUAUACAGAUGAAAAAACUCGUAAUUCAGCAGACGACAACAGCGUUAUUAUUACUUACCGCAAAAUGGCCGAUGACGACAUGAACACCGAAACAAAAGACACAGAAACAGACGACGAUCUGGAUGAAGAAAUCUACCUUAGAACUUUAACGCUGCGAAUUCCUAAUUCCAGAUCAUUACGGUCACGGAAAAACAGAACAGGUCUAUGGUUAGAAGAAAAUGAAAGAGAUGAAAUUGAGCAUAUUAUUGAUGAAAUGAAUCCAACUAAACUUCAAAGAGAAGACAUUGAUCCAGAUGAAUCCGAGGACUUUCAGGAUGCCGUAUCUGACAUGUCCGAAGUAAUACCUGAUGAUGCAGGAACGACAACUCUGCCUUCUGAUAUCAGCAAAAAUAUAAAUACACAUCCAAUGAAAAAUGCGUCGACAAUAAAAGACAUGGACAGAAAAAGCCACGGAUUUGUUUACUUUUACUAUUAUUUAGCUGCAAUUGUUUUUAUAGGACUUGCAUUAUUAUAUUUUUCCCUGAACAUGUUAUAUAAAGAUGUGUAAACUUUGCCAUGAUUAAGAGAUAGUUUUCGGAUAUUUGCCAAUCUUUACCUGGAUUUUAAAGCAUAACAAAGAACUGCGAACUUUUUAUCUCGAUAAAAUUUUACAUUUUCGUUAAGUAUUUGAAAAAAGACACACAUACAGAGAAACAUUUUCAGGUAGAGUUGCAUCCCUUUGACCUGUUAUUGUACAUGUAGGAUAAAUUUUACAAAUACUUUUACUGUUAAAUUACGUUACUAUAUAGGUCGAUGUAUUAAGACUUUUAAAAAUAAAUAGGAUCAAAAUAUCACUUCUAGAUGCACCGAAAUAUCAAAGUUUGUGCUCCAGUGUUGUACAAGUUCCUUAAUUGUUAACUCAUGUAGCAUCGACAAUGUUUUUAAAAGAAAGCAAUAAAAGUAAUGAGUUUGUUAGAUACCAGAUCAUGUGUCACAUAUUGUCUUCAUCACGUUUUAAUAGGAUCAUUGUUUUUUUAUAAACAUAUAGGCAGAAGUGUUGAUGCAGAGCUUUCUUCUUCUAAAAAAAUGCUUUAGAAUCAAUAUCUUUCUUGCUUAUUCAAAACAGGUUGGCAUAACUGAUGUAUUCGAUAUGGAUGCUUUU